AUGGUGUCAAUGAGCGGUCAAAUGAAGGAACUUGACCAUGUAAAUCCACUCCUCCAUACUGGUAAACAGCAGCCUACACACACAAAAGAACACUGGUUGACUGAAAAAACUGAGAGUGUAAAUGUAAGAACAAAAACAAAUCUGAUUCAGACCUUCUUCGAGAUUGCGAUUAAAAAUUUGUUUUCGCGUUUCAGAGAGAAUAGGGCGAAGAAGAAGGUGAGUUUUCUGGGAGGGAGACUCGCGGGGAAAGAAGCUGCCUACUUUUUCCAGGAAUCCAAACCCGCUGUUAACCGUAUCGCCGAGAAAUCUCUACCCACCACCGCCAAAAAGCUUCCACCUUCUCCUUCAGAUAUUCAACCAGACGUUCUUCCGGAGGUUCUGCGCCAUUCUCUUCCUCCUAGACUCUACGGUCCUCGUCUUGACAUCUUGAAUCCUCUCAGAGGUUGCGUUUCUCUGCCUCAGGUCACGUUUGGCAGCAGAAGGUUCCAACUUUAUCCAAAUUAG